AUGGCGACUCCGGGGAGAAACACCGACGUGGGUUCCCCCCUUCCCCUGCGGCGGUCCGGUCGCCCACGCAAAAGGCGAUCCGAUCAUUCAGAAGAUGCCGACUACAACAAGGAACCAUUGGCUACCUUGCGUCCCUCGACCGAAACUAGGCGGAAUCCCAAGCGGCGGGCGGCCCCGGAGGCGUUUGAUAUGCCCGACAACCUCCUCGAGGCAUCUCUGGGACCUUGGAAGGAGAAUGAGCAGGCUGAGUGGGCCAGCUGGAUCGAGCUGGAAUCCGAUCCGGCUUUUUUCACAGCUAUCUUGGGUCGCAUUGGCGUCAAGGGAGUGAAAAUAGAGGAGGUGCUCUCGGUCGAUGAAGACACCUUAGCCACCCUGCCUCCACGGCUUAGUAUUUCUAUACGAACUACCCAUAACGCAUGCGCCACUAUUGCCUUGCUGAACAUUAUCAUGAAUGCGGAAGGCCUAAACCUCGACCUCCUCAACGCCGCCCUCAGUCUUCAAAACGACGUAGACGCCGAGAAGAAGAAGAAGCGGGCCAAGGCGGCCGCUGCGAGACAGAAGAAAAGGAAUCAACAACGGGCGAAGUCUAAAAGCGACAAGUCCUCCGAUGGUUCCGCCUAUCAUUUCAUCGCGUUUGUCCCGGUUGGGCAAGAGGUAUGGCAGCUGGACGGUCUUACUUCAACGCCCGUCUGCAUCGGCGAAUACGGUGAGGACCAGCACUGGACCUCGGUUAUGCGCCCCGUCUUAAAGGAGCGAAUGAUGCGGUACGAGACCGAACGGCUUUCCUUCAGCCUUCUCGCACUCUGCGGCGACCAUCUAGCUUCUGUUCGUCAAAAGCUGGCCGCCAACAUCCGCAGCUUAGCAGAGCUCGAGGCCAAGCAGCAUCACGACCCUGGUUGGGAAUCCAAAACUACCCAAGAUAUCAUCCGUAACCCCACCGACGAACGCCUCUCAUCCUAUCAACUCGACGAGGGGGAUAUCCAAGCCGUGCCCGAGAGCGAGAUUAAAAAAGCGCCCUUGAAACCGCAGGAAUCUUCCUAUUCUGGCCCCUCCUCUUCGUCCGUUUCUAUCUCCGGGCCCCCUCCCCCUUCACCCGCUUCCUCGACCAUUAACGGCAGUGGCCGCGAGGCGAUCGAUGCUGCCCUAAAGCUUUGGGUAGAACUCGGCGCCGAACAGAAGCGCAUCGUGGAGGAAUACGACAAGGAGGUUAGGAUGGCCGGCCAGGACUCGCUUGGUCGCACCAAGGACUACACAGCAGCCGUGCACGAAAGAGCUGCCCAGUCGAAUUGUAACAGCAACGCUGGCGUGGAGUUUCCCAUGACGUAA